CGCGCACCGCGGCUCGCUCACCGUUUUGGUCAUCCCUCAUGGCUCCGCGCGUUCCGUCCCAGUCGCUUGCCUCAGCACUCUCGUUCACAUACUGCGGCGCAUCCCACUCGCGACAGUGUCGCCGCGCCUUCUCUUUUGUCCGGAAUCAAUGGCUAGAGGCGCCUAGCCGCGGUUCCCUCCGCCAUGCCAGGCGUUAUCCCACGAACCGGCGGUACCUGCACGCUACUUCUCCCUUAGGAGCUCCCAAGGAUCCAUACAAAAUCCUGGGAGUCGACAGCAAAGCGUCCGCCGCGGACAUUAAGAAGGCCUACUUCGCUCUUGCACGAAAGUUUCACCCGGACACCAACAAGGACAAGUCUGCGCAGGAGAAGUUCGUAGAGAUACAGGAAGCGUAUGACACUUUGAAGGAUGAGAAGAAGCGCGCUGCGUACGACCAGUUCGGGUCAGCGUCUCAGCAGCCUGGCUUCGACCCCAAUAUGUUCAGCCAAGGCGGUGGGGGCUUCGGCGGUUUCGGCGGCUUCCACGACUUUGCCCAGGCGUUUGGCGCCCAAGCAGGCGCUCGGGGCGGUGGCUCACUAUUCGAGGAGCUAUUCUCCUCGUUUGGGGGCGCAGGAGCGGGCCGUCGCGCCAACAUGCGGGGCGAGGACCUCACCUCAUCCAUCACCAUUUCCUUCCUCGAGUCAUGCAAAGGGACGCGUCGUAACGUCUCCGUCCAGCCGAUCGUCGAUUGCGCCAGCUGUUCCGGCAGUGGGUUGAAAGCGGGAAUGAAGAAGACGACCUGUUCCGCCUGCUCAGGGACCGGACAGCGGACAUUCGUGAUCGACUCGGGAUUCCAGAUGGCCACCACCUGCAAUGUGUGCAAGGGUGCAGGGAGCACGAUCCCGCGGAAUGGAGAGUGCAACUCCUGCGGUGGCGUCGGGAAAGUGAGGAUCAAGAAGACUGUCGUCGUCGACAUACCUAGAGGCGUCGAGGACGGGAUGACGGUACGGGUUCCCGGGGCUGGCGAUUCACCUAUUUCCGGCAAGGGCCCAACGGGCGACCUCCUCGUGCGCAUCAAGGUGGCACCGUCCAAGGUCUUCACGCGUCAAGGGGUCAACCUGUACCAUGAAGCCAAGGUGCCAAUGCACGUUGCAUUAUUGGGCGGCAAAGUUCGCAUUCCGACGCUCGAAGGCGACGUGGACGUGCGUGUGCCAAGCUGUACCCAGCAGGGCGAGGAGAUGGUGUUGAAGGGCCGUGGGGUGGCGCCCACCUUCACCGGCGAAACCGGCAGCCUAUUCGUCAAAUUCUCAGUCCAACUCCCGAGGUCCCUCACCCAGCGCCAACGGGAACUCAUCCAACUUUACGCUGAUGACAUAGAGGGCCGGACCCGUUCAAGUUCAUCAACGGCAUCUGAUGAUCGGACUACGGACAACGGCCCUAAAGACGCGCAGGAUACGAAGAGUAACGAACCACCCGCGGAUGACGAGGCUGAGAAGAAGCGAGCUACCGGCUGACGGGCGGGUCGUAUCAGCCAUGGAGAGACCGGCGAUCUCAUACUAUCAUAUCGAUAACUUAGGACCAUUGUAAUUACAGCGAAACGUACAGCUAGCCUCAACUCCUUCUGGCUACAAGGCAUGUGUAUCAUUUUGUGUGGGCUUCGCUCAGGC